UUAAGAUACUUUUACAAACACACUCAUAAUCUUUAGUGUGUAUUCUCGUGUACACAGACGCUCAGGUCAACAGCAUAAACAAUAUACAUUUAUUUUAAAUAAUGUCUAUAGUAUCAGCACCAUGGACAGCUGCCAGGUAAACAAUAAAACUCUUUAUUAAAAAACGAAAUUUCAACAUUAAAAAUGCACAAUUUAUGAGUUUUUAGUUGUAUUCAGGCUCUCAUUUACAGUCGAUAAGUUGAAUGAAAGAAGGAGGAAGCCCUCUCUUUCGCACAUGACUGUCAGCUGGUUGGAGUCACGUGACCGUAGCAUUGCGGAAAGAGGAAGAUGGCAGAGUCUAGAAUCCACGCUCGAGGCCGAUUAUUCUCCUUUAUUUUGUUGUUUUCCGUCGGUUUGUCUUCGGUAAACUCCACCGCACAAGUGCCGCUUCUGAUAUGGUCUACAGACAGUUUACCCCCACUGGCCUCCCCCUCGGCCGGUCACAUAAGCUCGGAUCAGGAGCUGGCGGCCUACCUCAGGCCUGUUUUUGCCUCGGGGCGUCACACCGUGCUGCUCUUCCUGCAGGAGAAGUUAAGCAAAGAUGACCUCACACGUUAUGGUGGCGUGUUUGGAAACAAACAGGACAGCGCCUUUAAAAAUCUGGAGGCCGCCCUCAGGUCCUCCUCGUCUGUGACUUUUCCCGCCUUGGAGUGGCGCAGCCCGUCUGCCGUCACCGCCCUGCUGGAGGCGGAGCUUGGAGCUUCACCUGUGCUUGCAGAUCCAGACACUCUUUCCCACCUGAGCAUCGACACGUCUGUCAACAACCUGCUGCUCAUCAACCUGCCCUACUGUAGCGACUCACUGAAGUCAUGCAAGGAGCUUCUCCAUGACAACGACGAGGUUCUUGGAAAAGUUCUGAGCGUCGUCCAAACUAAAGGCGUCCCGUACAUUUCCAUAUUCACCGGACAGCAGCCGUCGAGGGUCAUCUCAGAAUCGGCCGUUCCUCAGGAGAAGGUGGGCCGCUCCUUGCUUCAAGCGGUCGCCGCGGACGUUAAGCCCCCCAUCGUUUUUAACUCGACGGGGAAUCCCUGCAUCAUGCUUUGGGCUCAGAAUCUCAACGUCAGCAUCCCUGGUACCACAGGGUGGACCGAUCUGGCUGCUCAAACCCCCAACCUAACAGGAUCGGCGUGCAGCCCCAGCAGCUCUCAGCUCGUCCUCAGGUAUCCCUCAGGUCACGUUUUAAGCUUUUCCAUGAGUCAGCGCUUCUAUCCCGUGUCGGCACGAAACUGGUUCAGUCUGGACACGGUGGAGCUGCAGAUGGGAGGAGUGACCGCCUCCUACGUGGGCAGCCGCGGCAUCUACGCCCCCGCCGAGUACUCCUUCCGCUGCCAGUCGGUCAACAACUUCCAGGACGCCCUGCUGGUCAUGAACAGCACCAACCAAAGCCUGUCGCAGUGGAGGCUCAACUUCAUCGACUUCCAGAUCCAGGGCUUCAGCUUGAACAAUGGAACCAACUUCUCCUACGCCAGCGACUGCGCCUCCUUCUUCACCCCCGCCAUCUGGAUGGGCCUCCUCACCGCGCUGCUCUUCCUGCUGAUUUUCCUGUACGGCCUGCACAUGAUCAUGCAGCUGAAUACCAUGGACCGCUUCGACGACCCCAAAGGGCCUUCCAUCUCAGUGCCUCAGUCGGAGUGAAGCAUCCCAGAGUCCUUUGCUCCUCCUUCACUCCUCCAGAUGGACCAAUGAGAGUCCAGACUUUCAUCUUUUCUGUUUUCUUUUUUGUUGCUUUUUUUCAUGGUUUCCUGUCGUUCCAUGAAUGUGAAAACUCCAAGAUCAAAAAAAAAGAAUUUUGCCAAACAGAAUGGAAGUCCUGAAUGCUGUAAACCACGUCUGUCCGGUUUCCCUUUCCCAUUAUUUUUGUUUUAAUUUUAAAAAAGUGCCUGAAGCUGAAAUCAUGUGUAUUUGCUGGAAGCUCUGUGGUUGUGUCAAAUCUUUGCUAGAUUCCUAAUUUAUUUGUAAAGAAAAACUCUCUGCUUUAAGCAUCCCUGAAAGUUUACACUUCUGAUCCAAUGAUCCAAAGACUGUGCCUCGUUUGUGCUGAUGCUAAAAAUAAAAAAAGCAGUUUAAUUUACCAUGUGUGCAGUAAACUGUCCUGAACUGCAAAUAAAGAUCCAUCUACAUGA